AAGAUGGCGAGAGGGUCCAGAUGUCUUCGGAGAGCUGUUGCCGAAUGUAUUAAGCAGUUACCAUCUACAUCCAACAGAGAAAAAGCGGGAAAGAAUGGCGUGAGAUAUCUGUCCUCAUGUGGGAUCCUAAUGACCAGGGCGCCGCCCCUUCUCCCGGCCCUAUCUGGGCGUGCCUCCGUGGCUUCCACCCGGAGCUUCUUCAACCUUGCCGAUUCCUUCAACAAGAGGAAAGAAUACUCCGAAAGACGCAUCAUAGGCUACUCCAUGCAGGAGAUGUACGAUGUGGUAGCUGGGGUGGAAAACUACCUGCACUUUGUGCCCUGGUGCAAACGAUCGGACGUGGUCUUCCGUCGCUCCGGCUUCUGCAAGGCCAAACUAACGGUGGGCUUCCCUCCUGUGGUGGAGAAUUACACCUCUCUUGUCACUACGGUGCGCCCCCACCUGGUGAAGGCCUCUUGUUCUGACGGUAAACUCUUCAAUCACCUGGAGACGGUGUGGCGUUUCAGCCCUGGACUUCCUGGUUACCCACGUACAUGUACCCUUGAUUUUGCUAUUUCGUUUGAGUUCCGCUCCCUCCUGCACUCUCAGUUAGCCACUGUGUUUUUUGACGAGGUGGUGAAGCAGAUGGUGUCUGCCUUCGAGCGCCGCGCCUGUAGCCUUUAUGGGGCCGAGACCCCCAUCCCGCGUGAGCUCAUGUUCCACGAGGUCCACCACACGUAGCCCCGCCCUCCACUCCAUCACAGCGUUGGCUAGGAGCGGGAUGGGGGUAGUUGGGUGUGGGUGGGGUAUGAGCGUGGGAGAGGAAGGACUAGGUCGUUGGUUGCGUGCCUGAAUAACCACAGUGCCUGAUCGAAAAAGAAAAACUUUUAUCCCAAAACUCCACAUAAAGCUGGACCUUAUUAUUGGGUGUAAUGAUACCCAAUGAAUAUUUGCCCUCUACCUCCAUUUUUAAAGUUUUAUCUACCCUUAUUUCUGCUGUUUAGCAGCAUCCCGCCCCUUCUGGUCAGGGGGUACAAAUGCAUUUGAGUCGCGGUCGUGUUUUUUUUUCCUGGCGGCUGGAGGACGGAGGGCAGAUGAUAUUCCACAGGUCAAACCAAAGGGCCAGACCAACCUCCGGUCUUUUGUAAGGGGUUUCGUCCCAAAACAGAAGCAGAGGUUACAGGCAGCAUGGGGCGGGUACAGGACAAAGGGGAUCUAUGAUGGCCCAACCACUGUGUGACACAUCUCAGGCAAUUUGUGACUUUAGAGCCACAGACAGGUCUGGUGUUGCCCUUGUGAUGAAAGAAAUGGCAUUGUGGUUGGGCAGCAAUGUAUUUAUUAAUUAAACGGACUCAAGAUUUUAAAUAAAAGCAAAGAGAGGAAGAUGGCAAUAAAGGCGUGCAUGAGUUAGACAGGGGACUACGUCUGUUUGUCUAUGAGCAAGACGACUCAUGCGGCGUCCAGUGUAUUUUGGACUAAUAUACAGGUAUUUUGUAUUCUCUCACACCAGUACAAACAGGGCUCGAAAUACCUCAAUUCACCUUUGCCACACAGAUGAAAGUUGGUACAGGUGGAAAAAAAAAAAAAGAAAACAGUAGAGGAAUCGUUCACUCAGAGUGAGUAUGUGAAAUUUUGAACACCAGUGCAGAAAGACAAAGAUCUAGAUUCAAACAGACACAAGCACAUGGAAACCUCAAACACACUUAAACCUAGCUGACUGAACAAAUCAACCUGAUCAGUGAAGACAUGUACUUUCUCAACACCUUAGUUAAAUGCGUAAGUAAUAGAAAAUAAGUUAUUUUAUACUGAAGUAUGUAGGACAUGGGAAGCUAAUAACGGUCAUUUAGUUUUUAUUCAUUUCCACGUGACUUUGACUGUUUGAAUCCAGUCCUAAGCUCAGUAUGUCUAACCUUUGAAGAGAGAUGGAAAAAAAGUUCGCACAUUUUCGUUUUGCCAGCACUGCUUUAAAGGAGCAGAACAAGAGGGAAAAAAUGAUGAGGUGCCCCUCCAAAAAGUGUCUACAUCAAAGGACUAACCUUUUAUCUAGUGCUUGCCAUGUUAAGAUAUCCACUGCUUUGAAAAAAUAAAAAGGGCCCAAACUCUGGAGGCUGGCAGUGGGGAGUAGCACAGCCAGGCUCUCGCCGCUGCUCUCUCCUCGGAUCGCUGUAGUAGUGAGGUAUCGGUCAACACGGACCUUUGAACAAUUCCAUCUUUUGCCCCCCGUUGCUUAUACUGCCUUUCUCUCUCUCAUUAGUUACAUCUUAUUUAUCGCUCUAAACAUGUAGCCCAUGCGUUGUAAUAAUGUAUUUAUUUUAGGUUAUGGGAAAACCACAUUGUGUUAAUAACUUAUCAGAGGCCCAUGAUAUGUGGGGGGUGUACUGUAAUGUGGGAUUUCUCAGUCAUCUGGAUAACGUCGGCCAAAAAUGGCGACUGAUCAGUGGAGAUCUCCCAGCUUUCUCUGCAGCUGGGCAGUUGUUUUUUUUUUUGGUGUUUUGUCGCAGUGUUGUCCAGCGCACUGAGAAAUCCUGUUUUUUUUUUUUAGUAAAUCCCUGUGGUGCCCAAUUCAGACAAAGCUGUUCUUUUAUUUUGUUGUGGGAAUUUUUUGUGCAAAAUUUAGAUGUUCUAAUGAGUGUGUUAUGGGUGAAGAUGUAUCUUGAC